GGAAAUACAUAUAUAUAAAUAUAUAUAGCAGCAACACAAAAGCAUAUACAAUUUCCAAAUCGAAACACUUCAUUAGCAAUGGAACUCUUGAAGCUUUUGAUCACCCUUUUCAUUCUACAAGCUUUUCUCCCCACCACUACAUUGAUACAAGCAGCUCCUACAAACUCAAAUCUCUUCAGAGAAUAUAUCGGAGCAAUGUUCAAGAGUGUCAGAUUCACUGAUGUUCCUAUUAACCCAGAUGUUGAACUCCACUUUAUUCUCUCUUUUGCCAUAGACUAUGACACCUCAAGUUCUCCCUCUCCCACCAAUGGAAAAUUCAACAUCUUUUGGGACUCCGCCAAUCUCAGUCCCUCCGAAGUUUCUUCCAUCAAGAGACGCCAUUCGAAUGUUAAAGUAGCCUUGAGCCUAGGCGGGGAUACGGUGGCAAGUCGUUUUGCUUACUUUAGUCCUUCUUCAGUAGACUCAUGGGUAUCAAAUGCUGUUUCUUCUCUAACACGAAUCAUCAAGGAGUAUAAUUUGGAUGGAAUUGAUAUUGAUUACGAGCACUUUCAUGGUGAUCCUCAUACCUUUUCUGAAUGCAUUGGACGGCUUAUAUCUACCCUCAAAAGAAAUAAAGUUAUCUCAUUUGCCUCAAUUGCUCCAUAUGAUGAUGAAGAAGUUCAAAAACGUUACCUGGCCUUGUGGAAGAGUUAUGGUCACCUAAUAGAUUAUGUCAACUUCCAAUUUUACGCGUAUGAUAAAGGGACCACUGUAUCUCAGUUCAUGAAUUACUUCAUGACACAGACCUCUAACUAUAAUGGUGGUAAGGUGUUGGUGAGCUUUUUGAGUGAUGGCAGCCGGGGUUUAUCACCAGAUGAUGGCUUCUUCACUGCCUGCAGCAGACUCAAGAGCCAGAAAAAACUUCAUGGUAUCUUUAUUUGGUGUGCAGAUGACUCAAAGGCAAACGGCUUUCUCUAUGAGAAGCAAUCACAAGCGUUACUUGCAAAUCCGCAUUAGUAUCGUCGUUACAUGAUGAGAUGGUGUCCUUAUAUCUUGGGAACACCACAUCAUUGUGUCGUAUGAUACAUGCAUCAAUCAGAGUGGCAAGUUCUCAAUUACUCCUUAAAUUAUUGUGCUCAAAAUUUUUACAAAGUCUUGGAAGACUUUUGUAUCAACAAGCAAUAAAUACCUUCUUAGUAAUAUGGUUGCCUUUCUAAAUCAAAUUCAUUCCCGAAUUUUCUCCUAAUCACUUACAGAACCUGAAAUUUUUUUCAUAGCCGAUUAAUCGGCACCCUGUUCUCCUCAAUAUGAAUCAGAAACUUCAAAGUGCUCA